UGUUAAUGUAGUAUGUGUGUGACAACGGGAUUGACAACAUGGAUACGUCUGACCUAGGAGGAGGUUGGUUCGAACUUUUUUAGAAUAUAAAUUGUAUAUUGCGUAGAGAAUAACCGAGAGCCGCGUUAUAUUGAAGAAGAUGUUUAACCUGGGAUCGUUCGGCAAAGUAGUGUGAUUAGUUUAUUUGAAAAUUUCGCGUCGAUCGAAUCCGAGCCCGUGACGAAGAAGCUCGUUAGCAGAGAGGAGCGCACGAGCACCGAACUAAAACUGCGCCGCUGAAUGUUUCUCGGUUUUGUUCUAUCACGUGUGCUGGUACAUCCUGGAAGCGAUAAGCGUAAAAAACGCUCUGAUCGAUGAAGAAAGAGAUCGUGGUCAAGAAAGUGUCCUUCCUCUGCCGCAAUCGACUCGAAUCCCGAUUGCCCGAUUUUCAAGCUACGAUUUCGAACGCCAUCGUAGGACCUACGAGGCAGGAGACGAUUUUCUAGUUUCAACGAGAAUUAAUCUAGUCAAAUGGGUAAAAUUGGUAUUAAUUGCACACCACCCGCAAUCGAAGACUUCCCAUACGACCUCUUCAACGAGAAGCAACGCCAAGAUGGGGCUGUGGUUGUUCACGUCAUCGUCUCCCUGUACCUUUUCAUCGCCUUAGCUGUAGUAUGCGACAAGUUUUUCGUACCCGCAGUAGAAAAAAUAUGUCACGCACUUUCAAUGUCGAAAGACGUUGCCGGCGCGACGUUCAUGGCAGCGGCGACAUCUGCCCCGGAGCUUUUCGUGAACGCUAUCGGAACCUUCAUCACCGAGGGUGACAUUGGCGUUGGAACCAUUGUAGGGUCGGCCGUUUUCAAUAUCCUUGCGGUUCCAGCUUGUUGUGGGAUCGGAGCUGGAAUGGUCGUUCCCUUGGACUGGUGGCCAGUGAGCAGAGACUGCCUGGCCUACGGUGUUACCGUGGCGAUCUUGAUCUGCAUAAUCCACGACGAGCGGGUCGAGUGGUACGAGGCUUUGACGCUGGUCCUCCUCUACAUCGUCUACAUCGCCGUAAUGUACUGGGACAAAUCGUUCCAACGUUGCGCCAGGUUUCGUACGAAGAAUAGUCAGCUCUCGUCCGAGGACAGUCACAUACCCACAGGAGAUGCCGGCGAACUUCACUUAUCAAGACCGGAUAAACUUCAAUCGCCAGGAGACCGUGGAGAACAGAUUGCGACGAUCGAGGUCCCCCUUCAGAACGGAGGAACUAAAACACAGGAAGAGAACAUUGAACCGGAAUACGAAUACGAACUGCUAGUUUGGCCGGCACGUGGUGGAUGGAUAAGAAAGACUGCCUGGAUCCUGACGUGGCCCAUACAUCUGGUCUUCAUGUGCACCAUACCAGACUGCGAGAAACCCAGGUUCAAAAACUGGUUCCCGAUCACCUUCCUUAUGUGCAUCAUAUGGAUAGGAUCACUGAGCUACGUCGUGGCGUGGAUGAUCACGAUAAUUGGGGACACGCUGAAAAUACCGGAUUCAGUUAUGGGCAUUACCUUCCUGGCGGCAGGAACCAGCGUACCGGAAGCUGUAUCCAGCGUGAUCGUCGCUAAGCAAGGACACGGCUCGAUGGGAAUCAGCAACUCAAUAGGAUCGAACACCUUCGACAUUCUUCUAUGCCUGGGUUUGCCAUGGCUGAUAAAGUCCUCCUUCUCGCCGACGCAGCCUGGCAAGCAUUACAUCAGCAUAAACUCCGGCGGGCUUGAGUACAGCGCGAUUUCCCUACUAUCGACAUUGAUGCUCCUCUACAUAGCGUUCGCCUCCAACAAAUUUCAGCUCGACCGGAAGGUUGGUCGGGCCUGCCUCUGCAUGUACGCGGUAUUUCUGAUCCUGGCGUCCCUUAUCGAGCUCAACGUCUUCUUCAGGGUGAACCUCCCCACCUGCCAGAGGACGGUCAAUUGAUCGCCAUUUUCUAUCCUACACCC